CGACAACAAUAUAAAAGUAUCACAUGUUAUUUUCAUAUAAUUCUAACCAUAACCAUAAAGAUAUAUUAACAGGUUACAAACUUUGUGGAUGAUUAAAUAUCUUUAGACCUACAUGAUGUGUGACUCUUCAAAUUUAACAUUUAGAGAAAUAUUUUUGAUCAGUUUACUUCAAGUGUUCAUUUUGUGCAUAUUAUUGAUGCCAUACAUUGUUUUAACAACAAAAGAAUCAGCUGAAUUUCGAAAUAACAUAAGGGAAAAGAAAAAUUACUUCUCCGAUACAGGACAUAGCUAUUUGGAUAUAAGCCGUAAACAUACAGAUGAACGACAAAAGGUAAAAAGAAUUUCAUUCUUGAAAGUUCAAAAGAGCGGAUCAAGCACAGUUGCCUGUAUUUUAAUCAGAUUUGGAAUUUAUAAUAACUUAUCUAUGUUCUUGCCAAAACAAACAUUUAUAUCUGAGAAGGAACAAAAAUUGCUUUUAAGAGAGAAAAGACACUACGAUGUAUAUAUGAUACAUACAUUUUAUAAUUACAAUUUCUUCACUCAUAUUGUCUAUAAUCCUAACAUAAUUGGAAUCAUUAGGAGACCAGAAACAAGGCUGAUAAGUCAUGCUUUCUUUUCUAAACUUUCUAUGAAGUAUAACAGUUUACGUGGGCUAAACGACCAAGAUUUCAUUAAUAAAAUAGUGGAAAAUACUAAACGAUAUAGGGUCAACAAUGUCAUGGGGAGGUUUUUUGGUUUACAAGAUACAACGAUAUCCGAAAAAGCUUUACAAGAUAAGCUUUUAAAACUUAACGCUGAAUUUAAACUUGUUCUUAUUUUAGAGAUGCUUGACGAAUCACUGAUUAUUCUUAAACGAUAUUUUCGUUGGUCAGUUUUUGACAUUAUUUACGCUGCUAAAAAGACACGUCAUCAUGAUAACGUACAUUUGAAUGCAAGUCAAAUAAGACAUUUGAAGUUAACUAAUAACAUUGAGUACGCUAUUUAUAAGUUUUUUUACGAAGACCUGAAAAGGAAGAUUCAAAAUGCAGGAGAAGACCUCGUGCAAGAAGUUGCGAGGUUUAAGCAUAUUCUAAAUCAAACACAAACUUUUUGCAACAAACAUGGAAACAAUGGUAAGUAUUUUACAGUAAAGGCUUCGGACUGGGAUGAUAGCUUUACAGUGUCUAAAAGAGACUGUAGAAUUAUAUUCGAAGAAGAUGUUCGACAGCUGAAAAAGGGCCGUUACACAUAUUUAUAAAAAGAUGCGGCCUUUGUGGGGUGUCUAGUACAUAACAGAAAAGCGAACAAAUUAGAAUUGUAACGUUAUUUAGUGACAGAAAUGACUUGUAUCAUCAUGACUUGAAACAUCAUUCUGUGUUUUAUUGCAGUUAAACUUCAAUGAUUCUCAAUAGGUUUAUGUUAUUUUUUAAAAUGUUUAUAUAUUUGAAAUUUGCAUACAUGUUUGAAUAUUAGAAUACUUUAUCGAAAAAAAUAAACAUUAUGUCAAAUUUGUAAUGACUGAUAGACAUGGAUAAUUCAAUCCUAACGUUAAACCUUAUACU